GCUUCUGCAAUGACACAGGACGUAGCAAUGGCUUCGAGCGAAGAUGGGGAUGAGCAAGCACAGCCAUCUGACUUUGAACACGUGGCGGUGAUAGUGGCCGACAAGAGCUCUUCCUUUCAUGAAAAGGACGCCCUCAUCGACAAGACGGCAACGGCAAACGACGUGGAUGCCACUGCACCACAAGAGAUGACGAGCAAGCAGCGCUUCCCAUGGUCCCACACCGAUGCAAUCACACCGAGGAACAAAGAGGCAUCCAUCUAGCUGUUGACCCGGUCCUGCCUGCUGUCCCGUCUGCUCAAUCCGUCAGGUUCCGUCUGGUUAUACUUGGCAUGAUUCUGUUCGCAAACUCAGUCUUCAUCUGGUAUACAUGUGGCCAUACGUCGAAAAGGACCGCAGCGCUCAGAGGCUGUGGUUUGGUUGCACUUGUCUGUUGUGUUUGUGUGUUGGGGUGCAGGAUGCUGUUCCCGAUGCUGCCUUUCAUGGUGCGCUUCUACCUGCCCGACUUGCCGCUUGCAAAGGUGAGCAACACACACAUCACAUCACCCACCCCUUGUUUGUAUCCAUCCAUCCAUCCAGCCAGCCAGCCAGCCAGCCAUGACCAUCCUCCCUCGUAUGGUAUGCUGUCUGUCGUCCAUCCUAUCUAUCCACCUUCAGCUCGGGUACAAAGCCGGGUGGCUUGGGGCGGCCUUCCACCUGGGGUCGCUGUUUGGCUCGUUGUUCUGGGUAAAACUGACGGACGGAGUCAUCCCGCCUACGUUGAUGGGGCAAGGAUGCAUCGCUGCCAUGCCGGCUGUGCGCUGGUUGCCUGCCGUGUCUGUGUGUCUGUCUCUGCAGGGGAGGAUGGCUGACAUCAUUGGGCGGCGACCUGUAAUGCUCAUCGGGAUGAGCACCACGGCUGUGGCGUGCACCGUCCUCGGUGUGCAUACCAGCCAGGCACACAUCACACACACACAGAACAAGUUAUGUGUCUGUCUGUUUUUCUUUCUUUCUCUCUUGGCGGCUUCCUUCGAGUAGGUUUGGUGACCACAUUUGACCUUGCUCUGGCGGUGCGCCUCUGUUGGGGCCUGUUGAACUCUGUCGUAGGUCAGUACACGGCGCGUACCACAUCCAGGUACUUUAUUCCAUAUAUGCCUUCUCUCUGGUCUGUCAGGGGUCGCAAAGACAUACUGUGGCGAGAUCCUUGACUCGAGCAUGCAGGUAAGUCAGUCGCCCAUGCCAUGCACCCAUUGGUACUCGAGUGCGGUUGGUUGAUUCCUGUGCGUCUUUGUGUCUGAGCAUAGGCCACGGGGAUGAGUAUCUUCGGCAUCGGUGCCAGUCUCGGACGGCUGGUGGGGCCAUCCAUAGGAGGCAUGCUGUCCGGCGACCCCGACGAUGCCGCCCCCAACUCCCACCUACCGCUGUUCUUCACCACCCACCCCUUCGCCCUUCCAUGCCUCAUCGCGGGCGCCUUGUCGUUUGUCGUGGUGCCACUCGCCCUCUGCUUUCUCGAAGAAACACUGCCAGGAGCGAAGAAGGCCGACCUCUGCGGCUGGCUGGGCCGCCGUGCGAGAGGCUACCAGUCUGUGGCUGCAAGCGAUGUGGUGGCGAGAGAGGGCGAGGGUGAGGGGCCUUUCCCCAAGCUGCAGAGCUCCAUGAGUCGGUGCAGCAACUGGUCUGACGCAUCCACGGCUGCCACGGCUGACACAUCCCCUGAUGGGGACGGCGAAGGGGAUGAGGAGGCGGACGGGGAGCCGGAAGGAGCCGACGAUCAUGUUCUUGUCGAUGAUGACGACCACGGUCACGAGCAAGGCUCUCAUUCUCAGCCAAUACUGGCUGAUGGGGGCGGUGGUGGGUGGAGCUGGGAGGUCUGGGUGUGCGUCAGUCUUUACGGCGCAUUGGCCUUCGGGCAGAUGAUGGCCACGGAGGUGUACCCCUUGUGGGCGGUGCUGCCCGCGUCCUCGAGCGGCUUUGGGCUGGACAGCUCCACCAUUGCUGUGACGGUCAUAGCGUCGGCCCCCUUCUCCCUCGCCUUUCAGCUCUUCUGCUACCCCAAGAUCGCACGCACACUCGGAUGCAAAAGAACGUUCCAGGUGAAAUACACACACACACACACGCACACAGAGGCUCUCAACACACGACACUGUGUUUCUUCCUUGCGUAUGGUGUUCGUUUGCCUUAGGUGGGUAUGAGCGGUUUUGCGGUAGUGUGCGCCCUGACGCCAUUGCUGGCGUGGCUGCCAGACGAGGGCAAGGGACAGUCGGCUAGUGGUUGCUGGAGUGACAAUGUGAGUGCGUGGGUGGUGUUGGGCGCUCUCGUCGCCCGCAACGGGUGCCUCGAGAUGUUCCAGCUCAGCGCCUUCACGAGCGUCUUUGUGCUCGUCAACAACUCGUGCCUCGCCAAAAAAAGGUACGCACACACACCCAGAGAGGGAGAGAGAGACAGGGAGAGAAGGAGACAGAGAGAGAGGGACACAUGUUGUGCGUGUUGGUGCUGUAUGAAUGACUCCAGGGGCACUACGAAUGGCAUAGGUCAGGCAUCCGCGGCCGUGUGCCGUCUGGUCGCCCCGCCGAUCGGUGGUGGUCUGUUCGCCUGGAGCAUCACGCACGGCACCGCAUGGCCCCUCAACUACAGCCUGGUGUGGUACACCUGCAGCUGUGUUGGGCUGCUCGCCAGUGCGGCCGUGCGGAUACUCCCAGACAGCAUCGAGACCAAGAAGGAAGACAGAACAGACAGACCGUAGGCAGGCAGGUAGCCAGACAGACAGACAUUGGUAGUGGUUGCCCGUGUGGCCGCUUCCGUAGCAUGCAUGGCUGGGGCGUGCGUGUGGGUGGGGAGGGAGGGAGGGAGGUAUGAUGGUGGCCAGAGGUGGGUAUGGCUGUGCGUCAAUGAUUGAUUGCGUCGUGUAUCACUCACUGUGUGUGGCUGCGUGCAUUAUCGCUCCUAUCAUGUCUGUCUGCUAUGUGCCUGCCUCUUGCUUGCGUACCUGUGUGUUUACGUUACGUACGUGUGCGUAUGUGCUAGUAGUUGUAACCAUUGCAUUGGAUUCCUACAGGCAGGCCGACUGUAUGCCAUUCGUGCGUCCGUCUGUGGCCCUCGGCCUUGCUUAGAGGCAGCGGUUUUGUUGCCUUCACACAAUCAGACAGACAUACGGACGGACCUGUCUGGGCGUGAUGCCCUGUCUUUUUACAUACACAUGAAUGGGUGGGGUGGGAUGGUGCCUCCCCUCCCUCCUUGAAUGGGACCCGCUGUGUACUUCAUGUGUGGAACUGCGAUGAAAUUCAACAUUCAAUUCGUACGAGUGCC